GCAACUAAGUUCCCGCUGUUUGUCAAUAGAUGGUUCCAGCAGUAAGUGCUGGUCGAUUCUGACAUAAUCUAAACGUCAUGAACCAAGCUUAGACAUAUGGUAAACAAACCGCUUCGACACAUUAGUGAUUUUGUUUUGACGUUAUAUUCUUUUGGUUGUGUGAAAAUGUCUGAUUUUGUGCCAAAUAAUCGUCAUAUGCGGGAAGUAUUGAUUUUCUUCUUUCAUUCGAAGAAAACGGCGGCUGAAGCGCAUCGAGAGCUCCAAAAAGUUUACGGAGAUGCUGCUCUAAGUGAAACAACGUGCCGAGAUUGGUUCCGUCGCUUCAAAGACGGUGAUUUCGAUGUUGACGACCGUCCGCGUGAAGGAAAGCCAAAAACCUUCGAAGACGCUGCAUUGGAGGCAUUGCUCGAUGAGGAUCCGUGCCAAACGCAAGAAGAGCUUGUUUCAGUAUUAGGAGUUACCCGCCAAGACCUGUCCGCGGCUCCAGGUCCCAUGGCAGGGGACAAUGAAGGAUCGAGGAUCACCGAGGGGCGAAGCGGCGGCAAAUUAGAGUUAGAUAUACAAUAUAUAAGGUUGGCCCAAAAACCGAGCGAGAGGCAAGGGAAGAGGCCGAGAACCAACAAGAAGCAGACCGGCUGGGCAGACCAAAAACAACGGACACCCACCACGAGCAAAGGAGGCGAUCCGGGCGAAAAAAUCCAACGGCCCAGGACGGCGCAGGAGCCAAACAUGCCGACUACGGUGAAAGAUCCCAGGAUACGUAGAUGA